AUGCUGCAGCACAUCCAGCGGUUCACGCAGACAUCCGGCUCUGUGGAGUUGGUCCUCCGUCACCUCGAUUCCGUUCUACCAGCGGCUGAUCUGACGAACCAUCCUGAUCACACCCAAAUUUACAUGUGGACUGCCUGCUCUGCCUGCACAACCAGCAGUCUGGCCUGCCUCAUGUCUGUGUCCAGCUGGCACCUCUCUUUCAUCAAAUUUAUCGAUCUUCUACUGAACUCCACCGAGGUCUUAACACACAUUUCGCCAAACCGGCCCAGUUUGGAGGAUCAAAAGCCAGGCCCUGUGGCGGUGCAGUCCUCAUCCGAACAAACCAAUCAGCCGCAUGAGUGCAGCGCCAGGAGUCUGCAGCACUUUUUCGCACUAGGCAAACACCUGGCCACCUUCAGCGCCCAAUCAGCCGCCCCCCUUUUUGCUUUCAGCUACACUACUGUGUCUAUUUAUGAGGUGGUCAUGCCGCCAGUCGAAAUCCUCAUGUUUUCACCCCAACUGGAGCCGGCUAUGGCCGCUGCCUAUGCCCGGCACAUUGGUGCUACUGUGAAAUCACCUCCAACCACCACUACCACCAACAGCACUCAAGGGGAUCCGCCUCCACUGCUAGCCAAGCCGGACGCCCUUCAUGCCCUCGAACUUCCAGCCUACCUCCGACAGGAAGCUUACGUCGUUUUGAAAAAAUUCUACCAGGUCACCACUUCAGUGAAAUCGCAUCUCUUCACCCUGCGGCAUGAAACUAUGAGCGAUGACUGUUUGUCGCUGGUUAAAACCCUGGAGGACCAUCUAAAUUGGGAAUGUGGCAAAUCCGAAAUAGAGAUUCGCGUGGAGAUUCUGGCCCAUUUAACUGACACCUCAACCCCGAGGGAGAGUGCGCCACCACCACCACCAUCGGAGAUUAGAGAAUCAUCCUUUGAGGUACCCAUUGACCCAGCUCUCGAAGCCGUCAGUUCUUUGAACGCCACCGAUAAAGUGACCUUUUCUCCACCGGAGGAGGUGGUCACCGAAAAUACCGUCACAGUCUCCCCGUCUUCCUCACCCACCACCGUUUUGUCCUCCCAGCCUUCUACUGCUCCGACCUCCUGUAUGACUUCACCGUUGACCGGCGCUCGUCAGUCUCCAUUAUCGAGUGUCAACUAUUCGUACAACAGCUGUCAUAACACUGAUCCCCAACCCUGCUGCGAAGACAAUUCAGUCCGCCACUGGGAUGUUGACCCCACUCUAGCGUGGAAGGGCCGACUAGACAGUUUGACCUUGGGUGAGAUUUUUGCAAUUUACCCUUAA